AAUUAGCUCUCUCUGUACUUUUACAAUAUUUGAAUAAACUUUCCCGCUCUUGUUCGAUUGUCUGCUUCAUUCUCUCUGUGCUGCCCGAUCAAAGGCAUAAUUCGGAAUUGAUAGAAAUGGAGGAGGAUGAAGACAUCAGUAGGGAGGAGAAGAGAAAAUCGAUGCGCGUCAGCUUCUCUGAUAUCACUUCCGUCCAUUUCUUCGACAGAGAUGAUGAUUACCAAAGCCCCCCAGAAAAACAAUCUGCUACACCACAAGAGCAAGUGAAAGAAUUCUUUGGACCUGUGUCUUUGUGGCACAUUGGAUCCGAAAGCGCCGCGCGCUCUCUCCCGGAGCAUGACAUUACGUUGGAUUCUACCGAAUUCUCCCAGCAUUUCUCGAGGCUGGCGUCGUUGGAAACGGAAAAUUUCAGACAAGCAAGCAGUACACCCACGGAUGAGAGCUCCCAGGAGAAUCUCAUGAUCUUGACCAAUAAUUUGGAGCUGAACACACAGCCUGGUUCAGUUCAAGCCCCCAUGGAUGGCGAUAAUGCAGAGGACAUGAAUAUUAUUGGUCAAAGUCCUUCCGAACAUAGUUGUGCCAUAAUUUCUCCCAAUAUAGACGCUCUGAUGGUAGAUAGAACGCGGCAAGUUCAGUCCAAUAAGAAGCCUGAUUACAGUAAAUUGGGCUUAAAGAAAAUCAGUGGGGUUAUGGAACAGGUAAAUCUGUUUACUUCAGGUUUCAUGGUCGACAAGUCAGAGAAGAUGAAUCAAUGGUACACUAUCGACUUGAGGAAUGAACAACUUACAAGUCAAGGUACAAAUGAUGAUCACAAGUUGUUAAACUCUAAUUCUUCUUCUCAGGUAUUGAGGAAUGUCGAUAUGGAUAUCUCACCAGUCUGUAAUAAGGUCAAUAUUUCAAGUGGUUGCUAUCCACUUCAGACAAGAAAUACCCUACUAGAAUAUUGCAACAAAGGUUCAAAAAUGGGGGCAAGUGGACCAUUACAGUGUGCCAUGUCUGUUUCACCGAAAACCCACGAUCUUAUUUUUUCACCUACUGACAAUCUAUCUCUUGAAGAAUGCCAUAAUUCUGAGAUUUCUAGUCGGGCAAUAUGUCCUGAGAAGUGUCAAAAUCAAAUAUUUUCAGGUGAAUGGCGAGGCAGAGACACUGUCAAAACAUUGCAGCCACUUCUCUCUUCUUCAUCUGGUUGUGUGAGGACAGAGAAUUUAUGUCGUUGGCAAGAUGGGGAUUGUGACAACCUUAGAGGGAACAUAUUGAAGGUUAAGAAGAAACACACUAAAGAAUUUUUGGCGCCUAUUGAGCCAAGUACUGCAAUCGAAAAAGGUAGCUUAAAUGCUGCCGAUGAAUUAGAAGCCAACUGUAAAGAUCAUACAACCUUUUGUGACGAACCGCCCAAGUGUUUGAAGAAUGAAAAUGCAGAUCCUUCGUUUAAUGUUGAAUUGAAAGAUCAAGACAGAGACUCUGCACUACACACGCAGACCUCUCCAGAUUCGAAUCUCAGUGUUGCUUGCAAGUCAACUGGCCUCACAAGAUCUGUCAGAAAUUAUAGUGACACAACAGUUGCUCUAAGUGCUUCAUUAGCUAAUGGAAAUAUUUCCUUAAGACGUUCUAUACUUGCUCCUAUCUCAUUAAAUUUAGAAGACACAAGACUUUUAAGCACAAUGACUGAAGCCAAGACUCCAAUGAAAGGACAUGAAUAUAAAGAUACAGUUCCGAAAGGGCUGAAAAUGACAGCAGAUUUUGUGAAUAAAAUGUUGCCUCUAUCUCCAUUUAUAGCAAACUUCAGUUGUAAGCAAUUGGAGCAGCAGAAACUCCAAGGGCAAUUAACCCCUUGUUUGACUAAGAAACCAAUGAUGAUGCAACAGGGUAGACAAGACAUUAAUCAUAAAACAGAUGAUGGUAAGUACAUUUCAGAAACAGAUUUCUCUACACUACAAACUGAUAGCGAGGGGAAUUAUGGUAAGCACAACUGGAUUCAGAUAUUAGAGCUGCAUGACGGAAAUCCUUCAAUAAAUUUUUUUGGGAAUGGCGGCUUAACUCAUGAAAGUAACUUAGAACAAAGUAAAAUCGUGGAGAUAUCCUUCCAGUGCAUGCGUGAGUGCUCUAUUCAUUUAGCUGAAAAGCAAACUGUGGCUGGAACAACAAUGGAUGUACAGAAAGAUACAGAAAUAGCUUCGGCGAAGUUGAUUGAGGUACCAAGGGGGAGUCUUAUAGGUGUACAGGGGCUUUGUCUCCCGGUGAUCACUAAACCCAGAACUCUGCAACAAUGUUUGAGUUUUAUAUUUGCAACAAGGCCACAAAUAUGCCUGUUAGAAGAUACCGUGGAACAGCUUAAGAAAGAUAUUGCAAAGAUAAGGUCUCUGCCCAGUAUGAAAAAUCAGCUAAUCGAUGAGAAGAACCCGCUUGCAGUGAAAAAUAAACCCUGGCUUCCACGAAGCUUCAGAAUGGGACAUAUAAAAUGGUUGCAGCAAAUACUUGCUUAUGAGAAGUUCAAGUCCCGGUUGCUGCUGGCCAAAGAAGAUGAACUCAAGAAAAUAGUCCAAAAUUUACAAUCGGGGCUACAGGCGGUAGAGAAUUUGAAAGUUAAGGCCCUUUGUUUGGAUAAGAAGGCUUUGUUAGAAAAACAGAUUGAUUCCUCUGUAAAGAAUCGCAAUUCCUCUGUAAAGAAACUUGCGAUUAAUGAUGAAAGAAAGGAUCCCACUCAGGCACUUAAAGUAGACAUCGAGAAGCAGAUUAAAUCAUUUGCAAGUAAGAAGGCAGAUUAUGAGGGGAAAUUGAACGAAGUUCAAAAGGAGAAUCUGGAUUCAUGUGAAAAAGUAAUAAUAAUGAAGCAAGAACUUAAUGUCCUUGAUAGCAAGAUAAGGGAUCUUUGUGAACUCUACUCUACUGUUUGCAGUGGGAAUCACAUUCCUAAAAAGGAAAUCAUACGCUCCCUCGAAUACAAUGUCAAAACUGCAAAUAAGAAACUCCUUAAUCUGCUGGAUAUGCUGCUCUGGAAAUUGAAGAAUAUUAAAAGUAAGCCCAAAGAGCAUUUUAUUGAGCUUAAUUACUUGGACAUUAUUUGUCAAAGGUUUUGGAUCAAUGGGGACGAAAAAUUUGCAAAAGCAUCUACUGGUUAUAGCAUUAGCUAUGAGACUGUUGAAAGGGUUUUUCCCUUUAUGAGUGCAUCCGUAGCAUUUGAUGUUGUCUUUGCAUCAAAGCAGAGUUUCAAGGCUGUAGAUGUUGGUGCGUUAUGGCAAACAAUCCAGGAGAUGAGCUUUCUCUUUGGUUCAUUGAUAGAUGUGCUUCAAGAAGUACAGUUAUGUCGGACAAAAUUUGAAAAUCUGUCUUUUGCUCGUUUUCAUUGUGUAGAUGGUUCUGAGUUGCACUUGCAGUUGACAUUUCUCAAAUAUACAUCUGGACUGAAAGUUGUAGUUAUACUUGACAUGAAAGACCUCAAAUGUGGCAUGUGUCCGUGUGAUGUUCUUCCAUUUCAAUUGGAGCUUGAUCAACAUGGACAACAAACUAAAUGUACAUUAACAGCUGAAGAAAUAGAGGAAUCAAUUAAAAGUUUAUCAUCAGGAUUUUCAAGGCUAAGGAUAAUUUGUGAAUGUAUAUCUAACCUUAUAGAAUCUAAGGAAUGAAUCUUAUGAAAAAUCUUUAAGUUUUAAUCGACCUAAUUUGUUUGAUUGCCAUACUUACAGGAUUUGGCUGCACUCUGUGCGUUUUUAAGGCUUUGCUUUGAAAAGCCUGGUAUUUAAUCUGUACUAUUGAACUCCAAAUUUUUGCAGUAAUCAAAUUCCUAUUGAUUAAUGAUUAAGUUAACUUAUCGCCAUCUGAAGAUAUAAUAACAGAACGUUUUCUGCCAGUGCAAUUUGUGCCCAAUUCCAAAUUUGACCAUUUUUUUUAAUUCAGUUUCUCUUGUAUCUUUAACCAAGAACAAAUUUGAAUUUAAACAACAGAGCUAAAGAAGAAAUACCCUUUGAAUUUUCUCAUUCCUUAUUGCUAAUAACAUGGAUUGCGAUAAUAACAUGGAUUGCAAUUCACGCAAGACAUCUUUGUUUCUGGGAGGAAAAAACUGUGAAAAUGGCGGUUAAUGUCUGCAGAGGUAAUAAAUUGGGUUGAAAGCAAAGGUGGUGAGGGAAGCUAAAAUAUAAUUGUAGUUACAAUGAAAACAAUAUGCUUUGCCGUACAUCGUAUUGGUGGGAAUGUUCGUAUGCUGUCCCUCAUUAUUCAUUUGCAAGCGGUAUUUUACCUACGCGAAGCAUCAGUUUCCUUAAGCCAUUACGGCUAGAUUAUAUUUCUUUCUGUACGUUGUAAGCAUUUUUAUUUGUAUAUGGAGAUCGACUUUUAUUUCUGUAUAGAUGAGCUAUUAGGUCUGUCUGCGGGUUUAUAAAAU